UAUAGACGCUAUAAGAAAGUGGAGCAAGUACUGUGGUACGGCAGCAUAAGGAGUGGUCCAUGUCCAUCUUCCACUUCUUUGAGCUCGCCAAGAGUCUCUCUACGUCGCUCGCAGCCCUGCUUACGAAUAAGGGACUUUUCCUGAUUACAAAUUUAUUGUCGAUGUGCAAUUAUUGGUUUGUAAAGGUACUUGGGGCGCGCAACUUUCACUGUCAUCACAAUAUGUUAGCAAACACCUGCCACACCGUCCCGAAGAUAGCCGUUGCCACCGACGACCUAUGCGCCUCGACCUCUGAUUUCUUCAUUGGUCUUCAACCUAUUGGCAAUUGCACUUCCUUCCCCCAGAAUGUCUGCUAAAGUCGAGAGCACGGCGAUUGUGCAGUCAGACGAACAGCCCAGCUAUGCAGCAGCUCUGUACAGCGGCAGCAAAGACAACAGGGAAUCACAUCCCGGACCAGAAUCGAUCCAGGUUGGCCUUGAGAUGGAAAUGGAACACAAGGAGAGGACGAUUCGCGGCUUUCCUUGGUUGCUCAUCUGCGUCUCCCUCUACACCACCUGCUUCCUCUACGGCCUCGACACGACAAUAGCAGCAGAUAUACAGGGUCCCGUCAUCCAAGCCUUUGGCCAGGUGGAACAGCUCGCCUGGAUCGGAGCCGGCUUCCCAUUGGGUUCCGUGUGCGUUAUCCUUCUGCUCGGUACCCUUUUCAACACCUUCAACAUGAAAUGGGUCUACGUAGCCACUGUGAUCAUGUUCGAGGUUGGCUCAGCUCUCUGCGGUGGUGCACCGAAUAUGACGGCUCUGGUUGUUGGUCGCGUCCUUGCCGGCGCUGGAGGCAGUGGUAUCUACCUUGGAUCAUUGCAAUACUUUACCGUCGUGACCACAGAGAAAGAGCGCGGGUUCUACAUGUCAUUGAUCGGCGUGUUCUGGGGCCUGGGGGCCAUCCUGGGGCCAGUCAUUGGUGGUGCUUUCGCCGUAUCUGCGGCAACUUGGCGCUGGGCCUUCUACAUUAACCUGGUCAUUGGGGCGAUAUCGGCUCCGGCUUUUCUCUUAUACCUCCCGCCAAUUCAUCCUAUGCCAGGAGUCAGCAUCCGAUCCCGUUUGAUUACUAUUGAUGUUGUCGGAUUCAUCCUCGGCGCUGGCAUGUGGGUCAGCUUUCUUCUGGCCUUCACAAUGGCUGGCGGCCAAUGGCCAUGGAACGACGGACGCACGAUUGCUACUUUUGUGGCAUUUGGCGUAGUGCUGGUACUCUACGUCUUACAGCAAUACUUUUCUAUCUUUACUACGCCUGGCCGCCGCGCCUUUCCUGUUCAUCUACUUCGCGACCGCACAUCGGUGCUACUCUACGUUGUAACGGCGGCCGGCACCACGACGCUUUACGUCGUCAUCUACUACAUCCCCCUCUACUUUCAGUUUGUCAAGAACGAUGAAGCGCUCAUGGCUGCCGUACGUCUACUCCCUUUUGUGGUCAUCGGUGUCACGGUAAAUCUCAUCUCGGGAUCCCUUCUCCAUCUGAUUAAGGUCUACAUGGUCAUCUACGUCAUCGCCAGCGUAUUCCUACUUGUUGGAGGUGGGCUUAUGAUGGUUUAUCUCGAUCCCAGUUCGUCGACAGGAACCAUCUACGGCUUGUCGAUACUUGUUGCCGUUGGCACCGGUUUGUCUAUGGUCACUGGCUAUACAGUCACGACCCUGACUCUGAGACUCAAAGAUGUGGGCGCCGGCCUCAAGAUGCAGAAUGUUUCCCAGAUUGGCGGCCAAGUAAUCGCGCUUGCUUUUGCUGGUCAAAUCUACCAAUCGACUGCCAUCAAGCAGCUGACAGCUGUUCUUGCUGGCAACGACUUCUCUGAAAAGGAAAUUCGGAGCGCAGUAGCAGGCUCACAAAGCGCCUUGCUGAAGGAACUGAGUGGGGAGCUGCGUGAGAAAGCCAGUGAGGCCAUCACCCACGCAAUGCAAAUGACGUUUGUCCUGAUUCCUGUAGCAGGAGGUGUUAUGUUUAUCGCGGCACUGUGUAUGAAGCGAGAGAAGCUUUUCGGAAAAGCUAUUGCUGUAGGUGUCUAGAAGAGCAACACAGGUCUCUCUACUACUAUUGGGCUGUGGAUGUUUUCUGAAAUACCUGGUGUUUUCGGUUAGCGUGCGGGGGCAGGCAAGGGAUGACGACAAUAUCUUCGUACCAGCAAAUCCUCAUACAAAUACGAUACUGAUACCAUUUGUGUUGGAAGGAGUUAUCUGCGUACCAGAAGGAGGAACUGUCACGUGGCCUGUACCUGCCACCAAGUAUUACUAGCAAAUAUACUUCCCAAACAUCGG